GUGAAUGCUUGUCUGCUCCUCCUAUUCUGGUCUCUCCUCUCCUUCAGCAUGAUGGAACUGUGGCUGCCCAGAGGCCCCUGGGUGGCAGCUGUGAUCCUGACACUGAUGGUGCUGAGCUCUUCCAUGGCUUUGGUGAGGGACCCCCGACCUUGGUUUUUGGAACAAGUUAAACACGAGUGUCGUUUCUACAACGGGACUCGGCGCGUGCGGUUUCUGGACAGAUACUUCUACAACCAGGAGGAGUACGCACGCUUUGACAGUGAUGUGGGCGAGUACCGCGCAGUGAACGAGCUGGGGCGGCCUGACUCCCAGUACUGGAACAGCCAGGAGGAGCUCCUGGAGCAGAAGCGGUCCCUUGUGGACACGUACUGCAGAUACAACUACCAGGUUGCAGAGGGCUUCACUGUGCAGCGGAGAGUUGAGCCCCAGGUAACUGUGUACCCAACAAAGAAGCGGCCCCAGGAUCACCACAACCUCCUGGUCUGCUCUGUGAGUGGCUUCUACCCUGGCCAGAUUGAAGUCAGAUGGUUCCGGAAUGGCCAGGAGGAGAAGGCUGGGGUUGUGUCCACAGGCCUGAUCCGGAAUGGAGACUGGACCUUCCAGACCCUGGUGAUGCUGGAGACGGUUCCUCAGAGUGGAGAGGUUUACACCUGCCAGGUGGAGCAUCUCAGCCUGACCAGCCCUGUCAGAGUGGAGUGGAGGGCUCAGUCCUCAUCUGCACAGAACAAGAUGUUGAGUGGAGUCGGGGGCUUCGUGCUGGGUCUGCUCUUCCUUGCCCUGGGGCUGUUCAUCUACUUCAGGAGCCAGAAAGGUCAGUCUGGACUCCAGCCGACAGGACUCCUGAGCUGAGCUGAGGUGACAAGGCUGAAGGAAGGAGCUCCCCCUGUCUCCAUGUCAUGAAAUUGUUUCCUUCUUGGCUUCAGUUCCUCCACUGACAGUGCUUCCCUAGGACCUGGCUCCUCCUGGUUAUGGACCCUGCAGACCUGUUCUCCCUGAUGGCCUGUUCAACCCCACCUGUGCCUAGAGUCCCAGGACAGAAGUCCCCUCGCCUCCCCUGCCCUGCUUCCUUUUGUCCCCUGCCCUUUGUCUGAGUUUCUGAGCCAGGUUGCUGUGAUGACACUUUCUCACAUUUUUUUUUUCUCAAAUAAACAGAAAAUCAAGAUCA